AUGGCAGCUCCAACUUCUGAGGCACCACCAGCAUAUGCGCGAACGGUCUAUGACGAAACUCAUCGCGGUGUGUGGCACAUGGAACCAUCCAUCCAGAGCAUGGCCAAUAGCGUCAACCUCAUCGGAUAUCUCGACCAUCACUCACCUGAUACAGAUGGUUCCUUUGGUAUCUGCCUGGCAGGUGGAGUCGGGAAUGUUGUGAGCCAGGAAUUAAUCGACUCAAUCCCAGCUGCGCAUCGUCCAGUCGUGAAGACCGAUGAUGCAGGCCAGACCAUCCCUUAUAUAAUGGGUCAACCUUUCAAGGCGAUUGGAACGACAUUCUUCCCAAUCGUUCUGACCAACGCACAGACGCAAGAGCAUAUUCGACUUGUCCUGCAUGCUUUCAUGGUUCCAAAAUUGUUGAUGGGCAUGUUUAUCGGAAAAGGGACAGCAACGUUUCUCAAGAUUGAAGCAUGGUCAGGAGGGAGGCCUCGGUUUACCUUUGAUUUUAGCGGUGGCCUUGGAGAGAUCGAAGUCCAAGGAGUCUAA